AUGGAGAACCCUCCGGAUCAAAAAGACUCAUCAAAGGAGAUGCUUCAACCAAGUAGUAGUAGUAGUAGUAGAAGAAGCAGAGCCAACGGUGGUCUUCUCACUAUGCCUUUCAUCAUUGGAAACGAGGCGUUCGAGAAAGUGGCGAGCUACGGGUUGUUACAGAACAUGAUUCUUUACCUGAUGAGUGAUUACAGAUUGGGAGUUGCCAAAGCUCAGACAGUGUUGUUCAUGUGGGUCGCUGCUACUAAUUUCCUGCCUCUCGUUGGAGCUUUCCUCUCAGAUUCAUAUUUGGGUCGCUUCCUCACCAUCGCCGUUGCUUCUCUCUCCGGUUUCCUGUUUUCGAUGAUUGAACUUGACUUUACUUUCGUCGACAACAAAAAGAGGAUUCUUCAAUAA